UCAGCAAUACAACUAAAUUAAAGCCACACAUUGUGGCCAAAAUUUAGUCCAACAUUACGACUAUUAAAAGCCAACUUGUUAAAUUACAACAAGUAAUUGUGUGAUGGUGGCGGGGCUUGCUUAAUAGAUAAGAAGCAAAGCUGGAAACGAAGAGAUAAGAAGCAAAGCAAUGGCGGUGAAGAGAAGAAACAGUGCAGAGGCGGUGAAAAUUUCCUAUAAAUAGAGAUGUUUCAAUUUGUUUCAAAUUCAUCCCAUAGCUGAAUUGUUAGAGAGAAUAUACACCACAACAAGCAAUUCAACGUGAAUUGCUAUUAGAGAGAAAAAUACCAUUGAGGAAAAUAUUAGUGUUUCCUUGGUGAGGUUCUCCUAUUGAGUGUUUUCUUGUUCUAGAGUUGUUGUAAUUUCUUCCACAUAGUGAAAAUCCCUUAUCUAUUGAGGGUUUUCCACGUAAAUAUUGUGUGUCAAUUUUCUAUUCUUUCAUCUCUUAUUUUAGUUGUGUGACAUUAUCUUACUACUCUGGUACCCAACAAUCGAAGCAGUUCAAACUUCAAAGUUGAAACUGAAGAUGGAAGAGGCUACACAAAGGUAUGCAGUUGUGACUGGAGCAAACAAAGGAAUUGGAUUAGAGAUAGUUAAGCAGUUAGCUUCAGUUGGGAUCAAGGUGGUGCUUACAGCAAGAGACCAGAGGAAGGGUCUUCAAGCUUUGAAAACACUCAAGGACUCUGGUUUGUCUGACCUUGUAGUUUUUCAUCAACUAGAUGUGGCUGAUGCUGCAAGUGUAGCUUCUCUGGCAGAUUUUGUUGAAUCUAAAUUUGGGAAACUUGAUAUUCUGGUGAACAAUGCAGGGAUUAGUGGAAUUGUAAUUAAAGAUGAUGAUCUAUACAAGUUAGCUAUCUAUGACCUUGGGGCGUUAUCAGAAGAUGACCGGAAUAAAGGGAUUCCUCAAACGUAUGAGUUAGCUGAAGAAUGCUUGCAAACAAAUUAUUAUGGUGCUAAAAUAACUACGGAGUCCCUUCUACCCCUCCUACACUUAUCUGAUUCGCCAAGAAUUGUGAAUGUAUCAUCUUUCCUGGGGAAGUUAGAGUGUGUACCAAAUGGAUGGGCCAAAGGAGUAUUGAGUGAUGCUGAUAAUCUAACCGAAGAGACAGUGGAUGGAGUAUUGAAAAAGUUUCUCCAAGAUUUCCAAGAUGGUUCAUUAGAAGGCAAAGGGUGGCCUAAGAUUUUCAGUGCCUAUAUUAUGUCUAAAGCUGCUAUGAAUGCCUAUACAAGAAUUCUUGCCAGGAAAUACCCCACUUUCUGCAUCAACAGUGUUUGUCCUGGCUGGGUCAAGACAGAUAUAACUGCCAAUAAUGGCUUGUUAACUGUUGAAGAAGGUGCUGCUACUCCUGUGAGGCUAGCGCUGCUUCCCAAUGGAAGUCCAUCUGGCCUCUUCUAUCACCGGGGUGAAGUGUCAUCCUUUUGAUUAGUAGUAUAAUUUUAUGGAAUGAAGCGACACCGCAUAGAAAAGCUUUUUUUUAGUUGCACCAAGGUAUCUUCUAGCCGAUAGUUAUGAGAAUAAUCAUCUUAAGGCUUCGUUUGGAUUGAUGGAACAUAAUGGAGCGGAGCGGAAUGGAAUAUAAUGGAACGGAAUGGAGCGGAGCGGAAUGGAAUAAAAAUUUCAUUCCAUUGUUUUGAUAUUUUAUGACGGAGCGGAACAAAGUUACCACUGCGUUGUUUGGAUAAUGGACGGAGCGGAACGAGUUAUAAUUUUUA